AUGAUCAUCCCGGUGCGUCUCCUGCUGCUUGCCGUCGUCCUGAUCCAGCCGGCAUGCGGCCGCGCCGGCCUCGCGCCUCUCUACGAGCUUGGCUCCGCGGAACGGGUGCAGCAGGUCUCCGCGGAGGAGCACGGGCCCCAAGUCGACGCCGGUGAUUUCCCCAGCGACCCGCACAGCGCCUACCCCGGUAUGGGCUUCGGACCCAUGGGACCGGUCCGUUCGGCUCUGUCCAACGACGCCACCCUGCGCAGCUUAUCCUCGGCGAGCGGCGACAACGCCGUCAGUCAAUCUAAGGACUCGCAGCUCACCGCGCGUUCCGCCGACGACGUCGUCGCCGACGCCGCUCCCGCCAUCGGCGGGGAAUCCUCAUCCUCCUCCUCCUCCUCUUCGCACGACGAGCAAUCGCCGAAGCCGGAGUACCACAUCAUCAGCGUCGAGUUUCCCCGCGUCGAGACGCCCUUCGUCAUCGGGAUAUGGAUCUUCUUCGCCAGUAUCGCGAAGAUUGGCUUCCACAUGACACCGAAGCUCAACAAGAUCUUCCCGGAGUCCUGCUUGCUGAUCGUCGUCGGCGUGGUCGUCGGCGUCCUGCUGUUCCAGGCCAGCAGCGUUCACGUGUCGCCGCUCACGCCAGACACGUUCUUCCUUUACAUGCUGCCGCCCAUCAUCCUGGACGCCGGCUACUUCAUGCCCAAUCGGCUGUUCUUCGACCAUCUCGGGACGAUACUCCUGUUCGCCGUCCUUGGGACUAUAUUUAAUACGAUGUCGAUAGGUGUGUCAUUGUGGUUGUUGGGAAAAAGUGGCGUGUUCGGCUGCGAGACACCCCUCCUCGACAUGUUCCUGUUCUCGGCGCUGAUCAGCGCCGUCGACCCCGUCGCCGUGUUGGCCGUCUUCGAGGAGAUUCACGUGAACGAGAUACUCUAUAUCGUCGUGUUCGGCGAGAGUCUGUUGAAUGACGCGGUCACUGUCGUGCUCUAUCACAUGUUCGAGGCGUACAGCGAGAUGGGCCCUUCCAGGAUCAUCUACACGGACGUGCUGUCGGGCCUAGCCUCGUUCUUGGUGGUGGCAAUCGGCGGCACGAUCAUAGGUAUAAUUUGGGGCUUCGCGACCGGCUUCGUCACCAGGUUCACUCAUCAGGUGCGCGUGAUUGAGCCGAUCUUCAUAUUCGUGAUGGCGUACUUGGCAUACCUCAACGCCGAGAUCUUCCACAUGUCCGGUAUAUUGGCAAUAACCUUCUGCGGCAUCACCAUGAAGAAUUACGUCGAGGCGAAUAUAUCGCACAAGUCCCACACGACUGUCAAAUACACAAUGAAGAUGCUGUCGAGCAGCUCGGAGACCAUCAUAUUCAUGUUCCUCGGCGUCGCCACGGUGAACAAUGCGCAUAACUGGAAUACGUGGUUCGUCGUCAUGACGAUAGUCUUCUGCUCCGUUUAUCGAGCUGUGGGCGUAAUAGUGCUCACGGCGUUGGCGAACCAAUUCCGGCUGCACAAGCUGGACAAAGUGGAGAAGUUCGUGAUGUCCUACGGCGGUUUGCGCGGCGCCGUGGCGUUCGCUCUGGUGCUCCUCAUAGACCCUAAACACGUGCCGCUGCAGCCGAUGUUCGUCACCACCACCAUCGCCGUCAUCUACUUCACCGUGUUCAUCCAGGGGAUCACCAUCAAACCCCUUGUGAGAAUUCUCAAUGUCAAGCGGGCCGAGAAGAGAAAACCGACGAUGAACGAGAGGAUUCACGAGAGGAUAAUGGAUCACACGAUGGCGGGUAUCGAGGACAUUUUGGGGAAGCACGGCAACUACCACGUGCGGGACAAAUUCAAGCGAUUCGACACCAAAUUCAUCCGGCCUUAUCUCGUGAGAGAUCACUGUGGCGCCGAGCCGAAAAUCCUGGAGACUUACUCGAAGCUGGCAAUGAAGGAUGCGCUGGAUUACAUAAGAAGAAACGCUUCCACUAUCGGCAAUAUCAGCGGCACCGAGAGCAUGUCGGCGAUAUUCCGCAAUUACAGCAAUACGAACGGACAAUUCAACGCAAGCCCCAGCUGCAGUCAGCUCGAGGCGGGAUGGAAUAUCGAUCUGCAAGAACUCGAGUACAAUCCCUCCAAGAAAGACCUGACAGACGCGAGAAUCCACCAUCUGCUCGCUGAGGAGCUCUGCAAACCGUACAAAAGGCAUCGGCGCCUGAGCUACAGUCGGCAUGCGGUAAACGAUCGCGAUCUCUCGACGCAAGUCAAUUACAAGAUGCAUAUGAAUAUCCGGCGAAUGAUGGGCGAGCACAAGCAUCGGCACAAACGCAGCAAGAAGCUGCUCAAAGACGGCAAACCGACCCACGUUAGUUUCCCGGAAUUUCAGCAGAACGGCUCGACGAAAUUGCUCAGGCAAGAUUACAUCAACGGCGUGCUGUACGAGUUAGAGAACGGCGAGAGCUCGAAGCCUUCCAGCAAGGAAGACUGGGACUCGGCGAUCACCUUCACCGCGCGCACGUCCGAUUCUCCCAAUGUAAACGCGGACAAUCAGCAUCCUACCACCACUACUACGUCGAUGGACACGAUUAAUUCUGACGAAGGAGACUUGAAAAUAGGACGCGACGGCGCGGAAGGCUACAGGGUAACCACCCCCACAGCCACGGAAACCAUGUUGCCGUGGAAACGCGAGGACGAUUACGAGUCGGGUCACCCUAUUAAGCAGAACGAGUUCCCAGCGUGGUGCUCCAACAAGGAAUACCUCGCCUACAGCUCGCCCUCGGCCACAUUCUUAGGUGGGAUCGAGCAGCCGAAAGUCCAAUCCGUGAUUGGCCUAUUUCGACGCGAGAGCGUGUGCACGCCCGACAGUAUCGAUUGCCAGGAGACCGUCGAGGAGGCUGACGAGACGGACGAGUACACCGUGACGAAAAUGGAUUCCCCCACGAAAACGAAGGGCCGCGCGAGAGUGCCCGCGAGGAGAGUGUCGAUGCUGGAGCUCGGCACGACCGAUCGGGUACACUCGGAGAAGGCGGACGACGGUUCUCACUCCUUGCCAGACUGCUGGAGUGCCCAGAGGAUGCGCCUUAACUCGUUCGCCUGCUCAGCCCAGACGCCGAGCCUGUCGACCGCUCUGAUCACCUCCUCGUCGGAGUCGUCGGACGACGUGGACGAGGAGGAGGAGAAAGCUUGACCCUUGGGGGUCGUCGAGGAGCAGCAGCAGCCGUCCACGUACACCGCGGACGUGGAGCGUCGGCGACGUCGGCCGCCCCUCCGGCGACCGCCGCGACGCUCGUUGCUCAGCUCGCUCCUGCGACGCCCGAGUGCACCCGUUUGAGAGUACCUACCCUUGACAAGCCGCCCUCUGCGGCGCGGAUCUAGCGAGCCUGAGUCGGCCUGAAUCGCGUUAAUGCGCGCGCAAAACUCAGCGCGCAAGCGACACGUACGAAUUUCUCGCGGAUCUUUGGGAAAGUAGCGCGAAGGACGAUUUCGCGCAAACGGAGAUACGCUUUGGAGGGAGGCGAAUGUUGAAUAGCGAUUGGAACGAGAGAUAUUUUUCUAAAAGCGCAACAAUGAGUCUCAAUCCGCCACGUGACCGUGCGAUCACGUGGCGGAUCUCGCUGAAAGAGGAGCUCCUUCCGCUUGAUUUCGAUAUUCUCGAUCGCUCGCGAUGAAAGUAGCGGAGCGAAGAGAAUAUAUAAGGAUGUAUAUCUUGGAAAAGUGAGAAAUUCGAAUCGCUAUUGUAGCUUCAUCCGCACCGCGGAAACGCGUUCGCGAACACGGAGGCGCUUGUUGAGAGCAAGGGGUUAUUUCUAAAUCCGUCUCUAAAGACGUCGUGGAAUCGUGGCCUUAAGGACUAUGGAAGUACACUUGGACGCCGACGGUGACGUUAUUGUCGUCGUCGUCGGCACAAAAUUCAAUAUUGUCGGUGCUAUCGGUGGAACAAACAAAGAGAGAAGUCUCGUAGAUAUCGUUGCGCGGCGGUGAGUGCGCCGCCGGCUUGUCGUAAGGCUUAUUAUCACGAGUACCUUUUCUCGGUGGUUGAUCCGACGGCCAGCUCGCACCGCGACCGAGUCGUUCGGCCAUCGCUGCUGUGCGCCUCGCGACUACGGGCUACGGUCGGACCAUCGACUCGAUCCAGCUCACAGUGACCGGGUUUCAGUCAGCGUGAAAGUCCAGAACUGUCUAGCGCUGGAACAUCGUUAAACAUUCACGCUGUAAUCUUCUAUGAGAUGAUCUAAUUUUCAGAUUUAACUUUCAGAUUUAAUUUCUGAUUUGAUUUACCUUUUAAGUCAAUGUGUGGAAUUCUUCGUUCCGCAGUGCUAUCAGGGGCUUGUAAAGGUUCGUUGAAUCGUCGAUGACUUCAUCACAAGAUGAGAUGUUUUGCAGAUGUGGAAUUAUCAGACCUGAAGGAUGAUAGAAAAUGAUGGAUAACGAAUACUUUGAUUGAACUUCGAAGUGGCGUGUAUAACAGCACCCCAAACAGCACAGAUCUCCACAGGACAUCCUAAAGACAUUCUGAGAACGUUCCCAGGACAUCCCCUGGAGAUUUUGUGCUGUCUGGAUACUCCUUGGUAUUAACUAAAAUAAGAAGAAUACGGCUAAAAAUCCAACCAACCUUUGCAAGCUCCCAAUAUUCUUCAUGAGAGGAAUUCUCUUUCCCGGUGAAAUAAUCGCAUCUCUUGUCUCAGUGUGGAACGUUUCUACCCUUCUAGGUUGUAUCUGCAAAGGGACGUUCAUCAAGUCAUUAAUUAUCGGUACCGCGGUCUGGUCGUAGUCGAUCCGACUACGUAAUUUGAGAAAUAGCUAAAAUGAUAAGUGAAAUAAGAAUCGAAACACAAUUAGGCAAUGAGUCGCACGUUUCUGAUCGCGGCCUGAUCGCUCGGAAACGUGCGCUCUUUGUUAACGACGGAGCGAGUCGUUAAACUGACCACAGUUUCUCGCAGACGAGAGUUUAGCGUUAGACGUGUACUAUCGUUAGCGGUCCUGUUGUCGCGGUUCUAACGUAUGUAAGUACUUAUGUACAAACGCACGCACGCACGCACGUAAGCAGGCCAACGCAGCACAUCGCGGUGCGCAUAGACAACCCGUAGCGACGCAUCCCCAGUCGAAUUUAGGAAAUUUUCUUCUGAACGCAAAUAUUUGCACGCCGUUCAGGUCGACGAUUCGGUGUCGCGACGAGCUCUCUCAAUUUCUUCGAGCGAAAUUGCUCUGCUUUUCACGCGAAAAGCAGAGCAAUGUACCGAAUCACUCCAAGUCGAGUGACUACUCGCGCUCGUACACCCUCGAAUUCUUCCGCUCUGAAUCGUCGAGUGAACAUUUUCAUUCGCAACUGUAGAGUGAACUCGACGUGCUCCACCAUUACUGACAACAAAUCCAAUCGAUUGCAACAUUCACUCGCGCAAAUGAAGAGUCCAAGGAUAAAUGAAACGUUCACUCUUGCGAUUUCGAGCGGCGAUAUUUUCGCUAUCGCUUCGAGCGAAUUUUCGCUCGUUUCCGGUGAGGUCUCGCUCGAAAGAGUUCAGAGAGAACGCGCGCGCGCGAGAACGAGACGGGAAUAGAGGAAGAUGCGUACACAAAGCGCGCCGAGAGUAUGGCCUUAACAUUUUCAUGCAAACCGAUUAUUCGCGAGUAAUGAUCCAACGUACGGCGCGCGAUGUGUGUGUACGUGCAGUGUUAAUAAACAGCCAGAGCGCUCUGCUGCGCGACUCAUGUACUUAUAGCGAAAAUUACAGAGGCGUGUACAUACAUAUAGGUUUUUUCUUAGAGAAGAUUAAUACUAGAGAAUUCUCUAGAGCAUCAUCCUCAUCGUCAUCAUCCUCGACAGCAUUCUCAUCCUCGCUGUUUUUGUUAUGGUCUGCUAUUAUUUCGCUAUCGGCGAACAGAAAAGAAGGCAGAAGCAAGGGGAAAUUGAAGAGAGCGAGACAGGAGCGAAAACAGAGAGAGAAAGAGAGAGAGAGAGAGAGAGAGAGAGAGAGAAGCGGAAUGUGACCACUCUAGAGAGCAUCCUUUAUUCUAGUUACUAUUGUUAUUCUUGUUACCGUACCGUUAGUACGUGACUAUACUAGUUCUCUGCUGCGCUAAUAUUAAUAACGCGAUCGUAGCGGCAGCUCGACGCGCGCGGCGGAAUGCAGCAAGCGUCGAGCACGAGCUAGUUUCCGAGGGGAACGUCGUCGGGAAUUCUUCAAUGUAAUCAUGCGGAUGACGCGCGUUAUUUGACGACACACACACACACACACACACACAAAUACACACAGCGAUUAUCAAAAUCGAGAGAUGGAACGGCUGACGUAUAUAUUCCAAGCUCGCAAUAGCGAGAGAGCAUUGCGAUCUCUUCCUUUGUAUGAUCCUCUUCUCACAUACGCCACUUGUAUACACUUACAGCACGAGAUUCAGAGUCAAUUUUAUUAGCGCCGUAAUUAGCUUAGGAUUUAAACGGACGAAAUGAACAAGUGAGCAACCGGGCCCAUUUUACCCCGAAUUUUAUUCGUCGGGGACCUUGCGCGACGUUUUUAUACGCUUAUACUUCCUUCCGGAUCGCAUUGUGCCCGCGGAGCAACUUGAUUUGUGACAUACUCAUGACCUCCGGAGUCACACCGCGAGUCACACUACCUGCAUCUACACAGGAAUGAGACAGGGUAUAAGUUCACUUUGUUAAAGAAAGCAGAGGAGAGAAGCAACGAAAGAAAGAGAAAAAAGAAGACAAAAAAGGGAAAAAAGAGGGAAAACGGAGGGCUUCCUCCGCGAUGACAGGCGUGAUUAUCGUGAGAACAAUUUUUGCACGGAUUUGGGACUUCCCCUCGCAUGGAAAUAUUCCUCGCGGCCUUUAGUUACUUAGACCGGAAUAAAACGUCGGACUAGUCUCUAGACGCUAGUCUCUACGCUGUUGAUUUGUUAAAAUGAAAAUAAAUGUUUAUUUCUUAAAA